AUGUUGUUGACCUUGAUCCCGGCCGACGACGCCGCCUCACUUCGAUUCGGCUUGUUAACCAGCAGCAGCUUUAAAUCCAUCGAUCCCACCCACUGCCACGCCGCCGCCCACCCCAAGGACAUCUCCGGCGCCGUUUCCUUCUCCAUCCAGGACAAGGCUGCCGACGGCGACGAGGCCUCAAAACCGUCCACCGUCUCCAUCGGCGACGCUUCUACCCGGUACCUGCGACGUCUUGUCGGUUCCGCUUCCGACUAUCUCGGCAAGAAGGUCACCUCGGCCGUCAUCACGGUGCCGACCAACUUCAGCGACAAGCAUCGUGAGGCCCUGAGCAAGGCCGCGAACGAUGCCGGCAUCGAGGUCCUGCAACUCAUCUCCGACCCCGUCGCCGCCGUUCUUGCCUAUGAUGCGCGGGUCGAGUCUGACGAAGGCAAGGACAAGAUGAUCGUCGUCGCCGAUCUUGGCGGUACCCGCUCCGACGUGGCCGUCAUUGCCUCCCGGGGUGGCAUGUACACCAUCCUGGCCACCGUCCACGAUUUCGAGUUUGCCGGCGUCCACCUCGACGACGCUCUCAUGGAGCACUUCGCCAAGGAGUUCACCAAGAAGCACAGCGCCGACCCUCGAACCAACCCCAGGAGCCUGGCCAAACUUCGGCAGGAGGCCGAGUCGACCAAGAAGGCCCUCAGUCUGGGCACCAACGCCCAGUUCAGCGUCGAGAGCUUGGCCGACGGCAUCGACUUCUCCACCACGAUCAACAGGAUACGGUACGAAAUGGUCGGCAGAAAGGUCUUUGAAGGCUUCAACCGCCUGGUGGAGAGUGUUGUCAAGAAGGCCGGCCUCGACGUCUUGGACAUUGACGAGGUCAUCAUGUGCGGCGGCACCUCGCACACGCCCCGCAUCGCCAACAAUCUUCGCGCCAUCUUCCCGGAGACGACGCAGAUCCUCGCCCCCGCGACGAGCGCGACGGCCAUCAACCCGUCCGAGCUCCUCGCCCGCGGCGCCGCUCUGCAGGCGUCCCUGAUCCAGGAGUACGAGGCGGUCGACAUUGAGCAAUCGACGCACCCAUGCGUGACGACGGUGAAGCACAUCACGAACGCCAUCGGCGUCGUCGCCACCGGCCCCAACGGCGAGCAGGUCUUCACGCCCAUCAUGCAGGCCGAGACGGCGGUGCCGGCCCGGCGCAUCGUUCACGUUGACGCCCCCAAGUUGGGCGGUGACGUUCUCGUCAACGUCGUCGAGGGUGGCACCCACAUCAAGGUCACCAAGCCCGAGCCCAAGGCCAAGGCCGUCGCAAACGGCGACGACGACGACUCGGACGACGACUCGGAGGAGGAGGAGGAAGAGGACAAGCGUGAGAAGAUCUGGAAGAUCGGAAAGCCGCUCGCCGAGGCCGGCAUCAAGGGCGUCAAGAAGGGCGCCAAGGUAGAGAUCACCAUCAACGUCGCCGCUGACCUGUCCGUCACCGUGACGGCUCGAGAAAUCGGCGGCAAGGGCGGCGUUCGCGGAACCCUGGCUGCUCCGUAG